CUUCUUUCCUCCAGCAGCGGAAAAUGGCAGCAAAGUCGACUAGGAAUGAUUGGCAGAAAUAUUCGGCUGAAACAGCGACCUCCAUGGAACAGACCUCAAACAUUGAUGACACUCGAUGACAGCUGUCAAAACUAAAUGACUGUUCUCAAAGUGAAUGGCGGUUUUAUUGCUGACAAGUCGGCCAAGGUCGUUCGCCGGCGUGAGUACUUCGAAAACCCCAACUUUCAUGAGAAACUUAUCGCACCAUCAUUCUUCUCUGCAACGGUCUCCAGUCUAUGCAGUAUCAUUCGACUGCCCUUCUGAGGUAGUUGUCGCUGCAUUAUAGAGGCUACAGAACAAGGCGCUCGGAGAAGACUGUACUCCCACUGAUAUCUACAAUGCUUGUGUCAAUACUCUGGCGUCCUGCCUCCAUGAGGUGAUCGAGCAAACGCUGGGAUAAUAGGUCGUUCCCGAUGACUGGAACUCGGACAGGCUUGCAGCUGUCUCCAGGAAGAGAGAUGAGACAAAGUGAGAGAACUGCCGCGACAUAAGUCCCACUGAUGUUGGUGCAUAGGUCUUCGCAGCUGUCCGUCUCAGGGGAUUUUAGGCUGUGCUUGAAUGUAUGACGAGGCACAACUAAACCGGAUUCCGAGCUGGGCGUGGAUGCGCGGACUAGAUAUUCACAUUGAAACGCGUUCUGGAAUUCCGCCAUAGCUACCGAUCGCCACCGACGGCCGUCGGCUUUGUUGCCUUGCUGUUGCGUUCUAUUACGCACAUUGUGAGUCUCUGUAGUGGUUCAAAGAAGUGGAUGGUGCACCGACCAAAAUCAUCGCUUUGAUCGAGGUCUCCUAUCCCUCCCCACUGCGCGUGUUCCGUUCUAUAACAAUUCGUCUUACUCCUUCCACAUUCGGUUUGGCGUUCGAAAAGGUUGUAUUCGCCAAUUCUGCUCAACGAUCCCAUUGGCUGGAUUCUCGGAAAGGCUCUUCACGGUUUUCGCGGUGUUGAGUUUGCACUUGGACGCCGGCUGACUGAUCUGGCCUUGGUGGCCUCAAGUUUUGGUAUCACAGUUGAAUGAAGUCGCGAAAUCCGUCGGUUUAUUCAUAAACGCUGGGAAGGCCAAGGUGUUUUCGAGCUGCGUCGAUGAGAAGGAGAGAACACCUCUCGUGAUCGAUGGUAGUAAACUUCAAAAGUAAGACAGUUUCAAAUAUACCGGGGUGAUGCCGCCGCCAAAUGAACACAAUAAAGACGAACCAGUCUUCCGAAUCGCUACUGAUGGCAGGGUCAUUACAAUUCUUAGAAAGGGCCUAUGGAGCCGACGCGACAUCUCCAUUGUCGCGAAGAUCUGCGUGUUUCGGACAUUCGUCCAGUCAGGCCUCCCAUACGGCUGCUGGUUGGGCUCGAGAGAGAGAGAGAGUCCAUAAGGCACAACGGAACGAGUGAGUUCCGUAUGAACGAUCGGUGUGCGCCCCCUACCAAUUGUAUAUUCCCGAUCAGAAACCGACAGGGCAACGAGCCCUUGGCCCAGUGAGCAAAGUCGUGGGUAGAGGCGUGGACUUCUCAACCAACAGGUCGCGAGUUCGAGGCUCGGGUGUUCCACACUUCGGGCUUGGGUAUGGCUGGCUGACGACGUCUAAUAAGCCAGAAAUGGCCAUUCCAGUCUCCCUUGUCUUUGUCGGUAAUACCAUUCUGCCUAUAUAUCAUGCGCCGCUGUGCGGCUGCUGGUUGGGCUCGAGAGAGAGUCCUUAAGGGACAACGGAACGAGUGAGUUCCGUAAGAACGAUCGGUGAGCGCCCCCUACCAAUUGUAUAUUCCCGAUCGGAAACCGACAGGGCAACGAGCCCUUGGCCCAGUGAGCAAGGUCGUGGGUAGAGGCGUGGACUUCUAAACCAACAGGUCGCGAGUUCGAGCCUUGGGUGUUCCACACUUCGGGGUUGGGUAUGACUGGCUGACGACGGCUAAUAAGUCGGAAAUGGCCAUUCCAGUGUCCCUUGUCUUUGUCGGUAAUGCCAUUCUGCCUAUAUCAUGCGCCGCUGUGCGGCCGCUGGUUGGGCUCGAGAGAGAGAGUCCAUAAGGCAUAACUGAACGAGUGAGUUCCGUAAGAAAGAUCGGUGAGCUGUGUCCUAUGACACAGCGUUCGUUGUCGCCAGUAGCUAGCUGGCGGGCGGACAGUAUGGGAUCGAGUGAGAUCCUAAACACAACAGUGAGGGCCAAACGCCCACUUGACAUGCUUAUAUACCUCACUUCAUAAGGCCUAUGACGUACUAAUGAUCGGUAACAACCGUGAAACAGCUGUCUGCGUCUGGCUUGUUGCACUCUUAGCGAGCUGCCUAUGUAUUAUAUGUUGUAUGUGUCCUAUGACAGCGUUCGUUGUCGCCAGUAGUUAUCUGGCUGGCGCACAGAAUGGGAUCGAGUGAGAUCCUAGCCUCAACAGGGAAGGCCAAACGCCCACUUGACAGACAUAUAUAUAUAUAUAUAUAUAUAUUUACAGGUGGCGAGACACUGAUGAACUUCGGUUCGAUGAAGUGCUUAUGACCCAUCUGGUAGACCCCAGUGGUGGACCAGCUGCGCCAGGUGUGUCUCUGCGCAUGUUUGUGUUUCUUGUCCCAGCUGGUGGUCAGGGUUAUGAUUGGCUGAAUGAAGGCAAACAAGCCCGAAACAGCGCCGUAUCAAUCUACCCCGCAGACUCUGUCGUCUCCCCUCUGCUAUCAUAGCUUGCCCGACUUCGGCCUGGUAGGUGGUUGCCUGUUUGUGACGCUUGUCGUCCAUAGGAAGCUUGUUUGUUGCGGGAAGCCAAUGGAUUGUUGUGCGCUCAUUCCUGAGUGAAUACAUAUUUAUGUAUAUUCAAAGCCUUUGGCUUUGCGCACGAAUCAAAUGCCAGUGAAAUAAGUGCGUUUUGGUCAGGUUGUACUUUUUUGCUAAUGACAUCUAAUCGGAUCCCUGGAAGGCUUCUUAGUGGAAAGCUAGUUUGUCGCAGUGUAUGAAUUAACUUUAGAUCUUGCUGCCUGCUUACCUAUAUUGUAAACCAUUUAUGUAGAAGCACAUUUUACUAUCUCUGUCAGUGUGUUGUACUGACUCAUAUUAAAGUGUCACCUGGUUGGACAGGUUGAGACCCACAUCAUUCGUUGCCCAAGACGGUUACGUAAGCCGUCUGCUAGUGCUACUAGAUGCAUUGUCCGUCCGUUCGCGUAACUCCUACGGCCGCUGAGCACCACUCGCUACAACUUACUGGUAGUACUACGAUUACCACUGGCACCGAGCAUACUACUACUAUUGCUGUUACUACUGCUGCUGCCACUGCUACCAUUUAUCUUCUUCUUCUUCCUCCUGCCACUACUACUACUACUACUACUACUACCACCACCACCACUACUACUACUACUACUACCACCACCACCACCACGAACGCAACCACCACUACUACUACUACUACUACUACUACUAAUGCUAUUAUUACUAAUACUGUUACUAUUGCUGCUAUUGCUACUACUACUGCUGCUUCCACUUCUAUGAACAUAACUAAUAAUACUGCUACCGUUUCUCUUGACACUACCAAUAAUAAAGUCAUCAUUACUAUUACGUCCAUUGCUACGUCGGUUGUUAUUGCCAUUAUUACUGACUACUCGACCCACUCUACUCGUGACUGACGAGAUCCAAUUUUCCCACCUUCUCUGGACAGGUCUACACCCAACCCGCAAGCUCGUCCAACAAUCGACGCGGCAAGCGCAGUACCACUGCUGCUGCUGAAAUUGUGAGCGCCAGUGGCCCAGAUAGCGGAGGUGGUGGGGAUGGGCGUGGCAGCGGUUCUAAAUACAAGUUCUAUGACGUGGACAGUCGCGGCGGCGGUGGAGGCGGUGGUGGUGACAAACAGGGCUCAGGCGCCGGUGGUGGUGGCGGUGGUGGGGCCGCCCAGCAGGCAGCAACAACUGGACACACGGGUCCCAGCGCCUCCGCCCGCCUCUACGACGAGAUGGAGACAGAGAAGCGGGUUCGCAAGCGACGUAUGCGACUGCUGCUUGCCGUGGAGGACGCCUUUGCACAUGCUAAUCGCAUGGCCAAGGAUGCUGGCGCCUCGACAACACCAUCCGCCGUGAACACCAACAUGGGUCGUGCUUCCGUAGGUGGUGACCGAAUGGCCCCGUCGCCUUAUCGAAACGGGAACGGUGAGUUGUUUACUCUUCGACUGCCCACUAUCGAAUGUUUUACGAGUCAUAAAAGAGAACUUUCUGUCUUACAGUUGCCUCCACAACUGUCAGUGGGGACCUUUUCUGA